GCGGAAGCGGGAGCGCGGAUCGGGAGCAGAGAGAGAGAGAGGGAACGCGCAGAGUCCCGGUGACCACACGGCUGGAGCCUCUCGGUGUCCGCGGCUCCGCUUCUCUUCCUCCGGUGUGGACUAUCGGUACGGGACGUGGUUUUUAUCCGGCGGCACACACGGACGGACGGGGCCUCUAACGCUGUCCACCAUGACGGGGAGCAGGGAGGAGGAGAGGAGGAAACUGGCCGACAUCAUCAACCACUGGAACGCCAACCGGCUCGACCUGUUCGAGAUCAGCCGCCCCACAGAGGACUUGGAGUUCCAUGGCGUCAUGCGGUUCUACUUCCAGGACCGGGUUGCAGGCAACUUUGCCACCAAGUGCAUCCGAGUGUCCAGCACAGCGACAACGCAGGACGUCAUCGAGACGUUAGCUGAGAAGUUCAGACCAGACAUGAGGAUGCUCUCCUCGCCAAAAUACUCCCUGUACGAGGUCCACGUCAGUGGCGAAGAGCGUCAGCUGGACCUGGACGAGAAGCCUCUUGUUGUUCAGCUGAACUGGAACAAAGAUGACCGAGAGGGACGCUUUGUCCUGAAGAAUGAAAACGACAUCCUGCCCAAGAAGAGUCAGAGUAACGGGCCAGAGAAGGAGAAGGAUGGAGUGAUUCAGAACUUCAAGCGGACUUUGUCCAAGAAGGAGAAGAAGAAAGAAAAGAAGAGGGAGAAGGAGUUUGCCCGGAUCCCCGAUGGAGACGAGCAGAUGCUCAACCGGGAGGACGGGGAAAACAGUCGUCUGGCGGCAGAGGUCUACAAGGACAUGCCCGAGACCAGCUUUACCAGGACAAUCUCCAACCCAGAGGUGGUGAUGAAGAGGAGACGCCAGCAGAAGCUGGAGAAACGAAUGCAGGAGUUCAUGAGCAGCGAUGGGAGGCCUGACUCAGGAGGUACUUUGCGGAUAUACGCAGACAGUCUGAAGCCCAACAUCCCCUACAAGACCAUCCUGCUCUCCACUAGAGACAUGGCCGACUUUGCCGUAGUGGAGGCGCUGGAGAAGUAUGGACUGGAGAAGGAGAACCCCAGAGAGUACUGCAUCGCCCGGCAAGAUGAAAAAUCGGGCAAAGACGUGAUUCUGGAUGAUAGUGAGUGUCCGCUGCAGAUCUUCAGGGACUGGCCUGCUGACAGAGGAGCAUUAGUUUUCCAGCUGAAGAAGAGACCUCCUGACUACCCGGGGCGGAAGGGACGAAAGGUGGAGGACAAGGGCCUCCGAGGGAAGGACAGUAGCAGCUCACUGCCGCCUGAGAAACUGCCUUAUCUGGUGGAGCUGAGUCCAGGGCGAGGGAAUCACUAUGCCUACUACGCAUAUCGGCACCACGAAGACGGGUCUGACUCACGGGACAAACCAAAGCUUUACCGGCUUCAGCACAGCAUCACAGAGGUCGGCUCAGACUGUACAGAAGACGGAGCCAUUCAGUUGUUAGGUCCGGGGAUUCUUCCCCAUCAUUGCAACCUGAUGCACAGUGAGGGUAUGGUGACCGUGACGCCACACGGCCCUGACGCCGACACCUUCGUUGACGGACAACGCAUCACUGAGACGACCGUGCUGCGUCCGGGCUCCACCCUCCAGUUCGGUUCUGUUCACGUCUUUAAGUUCGUGGACCCGAUGUUCGACCAAGGGGGGAAGAGAGAACCGGCGGCUAUGAUGAGGAGCCGACACAAGUCUGGCAGCGUACCAGAAACCACCUUCGACCUUCACGGGGACGUCCACAGUGGAGCUGCACUGCCUACCAGCAAGAGCUCAGGAAAACUGGAAAUGGAGCGAGGGAUGGUCAAACCCAUGAUCAGAGGAGAGCAACAGGACAGCAGGUCUCAGGACAUUUCAGCAGACAGAACAGAUUUGACUCUGCCGGCCGGCAUCGAGUUCAGAGACAACUCUGAAGACACCUUCCUGUCCGCCAUCAUCAACUACACCAACAGCUCCACAGUUCACUUCAAACUCUCACCCACGUAUGUCCUGUACAUGGCCUGCCGCUUUGUCCUGUCGCCAUCGUACCGGCCGGACAUGUCGCCCUCUGAGAGGACGCACAAGGUCAUCGCCAUCGUCAACAAGAUGGUGAGCAUGAUGGAGGGAGUCAUCCAGGAGAUUCCUGAAGGGGAUCAGAAGCAGAAGAACAUUGCAGGAGCGCUGGCUUUCUGGAUGGCCAACGCCUCGGAGCUGCUCAACUUCAUCAAGCAGGACCGAGACCUGAGCCGCAUCACGCUGGACGCCCAGGACAUCCUCGCCCAUCUGGUCCAGAUGGCGUUCAAAUACCUGGUUCACUGUCUCCAGGCUGAUCUGAAUAACUAUAUGCCUGCCUUCCUAGACGACCCGGAGGAACACAAUCCACAGAGACCCAAGAUAGAGGAUGUCCUGCACACCCUGACGGGGGCGAUGUCGUUGCUGCGGCGGUGCCGGGUCAACGCCGCUCUGACCAUCCAGCUCUUCUCGCAGCUCUUCCACUUCAUCAACAUGUGGCUGUUCAACAAGCUGGUGACGGACACGGAUUCGGGGCUGUGCUGUCACUACUGGGGCGCCAUCCUCCGACAGCAGCUCAGCCACAUCGAGGCCUGGGCCGAGAAGCAGGGUCUGGAGCUCGCCGCUGACUGCCACCUCAGCCGAAUCGUACAGGCCACCACCCUGCUGACCAUGGACAAAUACUCCAUGCAGGACGUGCAGAACAUCCACAACACCUGCUUCAAGCUCAACUCCCUGCAGCUCCACGCCCUCAUGACCAACUACCACUGUGCUCCAGAUGAGCCUUACAUCCCGCCUGAGCUGAUAGACCACGUGGUGGCAGUGGCGGAAAACACAGCGGACGAGCUGGCGAGGAGUGACGGGAGAGAGGUCCAGCUGGAGGAGGACCCAGACCUCCAGCUGCCCUUCCUCCUCCCUGAGGACGGCUACUCCUGCGACGUGGUGCGCAGCCUCCCCAACGGCCUGCAGGACUUCCUGGAGCCGCUGCUGCAGCGAGGUUUUUGUCGGUUAGUACCACAUCCUCGUUCGCCCGGCGCCUGGACCGUUCACUUUGAAGGAGCCGACUGUGACAGUCACUUCUCCCCAGUGGACACGUCUGAGAUGGUAAGACGUUAA